UAUAAAAAGAAAUAAAAUUAGAGAGAAAAAGGGGGAACAGUGAGAGCAAAAUCGUGCGACUGGGAAAAAAUUUCGAAAUUUCUUCUCUUCCGGCGACGAAGGGAUUCAAACUUCCGCCUCCAAUUUCUCGCCGUGAAAUUUCUGAUUUUUUUUUUCCUUCGUAGAUAUUUCACUCCGCCUGUUCUCCUUCGUCUGUCUACACUUCUCUAGAGGUUUAUCUACAACCUUUCUUUCUCAUGGCGUUUUAGGGUCUUUUAUCACUACUAUAAUUCUGGGAGCUGCGUAAUCUCUGAGUUGAAUGAGCAGUCGUCUGGGACAGGACGCCAAUAUGAAUGGUGUCUAUGUUCGAUCAGAUGGAUCUAGCAUUCUGAGUUUCGAUGGAUCAGAAAGCCGUGAAAGCAUGAAUGAUGAUAAUAAGAAAGGUCAUCAGAGUUUGGUGGAGUGGUUAAAUGAGACACUUCCUUAUUUAAAGUUACCAUGGGAAGCUUCAGAGGAUGAACUGAGAGCAUGCUUGAAGGAUGGAACUGUAUUAUGUAGCCUUUUAAACCAGCUUAGUCCUGGGUCAAUGAGAAUGGGAGGCAGCUUUGAGCCUGCUAGUAUAAAAAUUGAACGGUUUCUGACUGCUAUGGAUGAAAUGGCCCUGCCUAGGUUCGAAGUUUCAGACAUAGAACAGGGCGAUAUGGUGCCAGUUUUACAGUCCCUUAAGGCGCUUAAAGCAAGUUUUUCCGAUGGUAGUUAUGAUAAGAAUUCACUAUCUGCAAGGAGGCGAUGGAGCCUGCCAGAAGACCACUCAGAUUCGAGAGGGGAUGAGCGCAACUUUACUGAUGAAUUCCAGUCGAAGGAAGGAUCUGAGAUUGAUAUAUCUGAUGCUAAAAUUUCGGAAUUACUUAAAUCAAACAGUUUACGAAAUGCUCCGACUAGGUCACUGUUUGACAUGCUGGAUAAGCUUCUAGAUGAGAGCAUGACGAAAAUGAAUGGACAUGUGUCUCAUGCUAUGGCAUCUCUCUUGAGCGCGCUUGUGCAAGUGAUUGAACAGAGAAUCUCAACUCAAGCUGAUAACCUAAAGAACCAAAAUAUACUCUUUAGGGUACGUGAAGAAAAAUACAGGUCAAGAAUAAAGGUCUUAGAAACCUUGGCAGCUGGGACAACAAAGGAAAACGAGAUUGUUACGAACUGUAUGGAGCAUAUAAAGCUUGAGAAAAACAGAAUAGAAGAGAGAGAAAGGUCAGAAGAAAAGGAUGUGGUGAGAAUGAGAAAGGAAAAAGAGCGCAGUGAUGCUGAGAUUCGCAAGCUGAAGCAGGAACUCAAAGUGGUGAAAGAGACACAUGAAAACCAAUGCUUGGAUUUAGAAGCAAAAGCACAAAAAACUAGAGACGAAUUGGAGAAGAAGUUAAAAGAUGCUGAGUUACAUGUUGUAGAUUCCAGUAGGAAGGUGAAAGAACUUGAGAAGCUGUGCCAAUCUAGAUCUCAGAGAUGGGAGAAAAAAGAAUGUAUCUAUCAAAACUUUAUAGACAACCAUUCUGGAGCAUUGCAGGAGCUGAAUGCUACUUCCAUAUCUAUAAAACAUGAAGUAUUAAUGACACAGAGGAAAUACUUUGAGGAUCUAAAUUACUAUGGUUUGAAGCUCAAAGGAGUGGCUGAUGCAGCUAAAAAUUACCAUGUGGUCCUUGAAGAAAAUCGAAGACUCUACAAUGAAGUGCAAGAAUUGAAAGGAAAUAUUAGAGUCUAUUGUCGGAUUAGACCAUUCCUUCCAGGGCAAAACAAUAGACAGACAAGUAUAGAGUACAUUGGUGAGAAUGGUGAAAUGGUGGUUGCAAAUCCCUUUAAGCAAGGGAAAGAUAGCCAUAGGUUGUUUAAAUUUAACAAAGUUUUCGGUCAGGCGGCAACUCAAGAGGAGGUUUUCCUAGAUACUCGACCAUUAAUUCGAUCAAUUCUAGAUGGCUACAAUGUUUGUAUAUUUGCCUAUGGUCAGACGGGUUCUGGUAAAACUUAUACAAUGAGUGGGCCAAGCAUCACUUCAAAAGAAGAUUGGGGUGUCAAUUAUAGAGCUUUGAAUGAUUUGUUUCUCCUAACUCAGAGUAGACAAAAUACUGUCGUGUAUGAAGUUGGUGUUCAAAUGGUGGAGAUAUAUAACGAGCAAGUUCGUGACAUACUUUCAGAUGGUGUUCUUUCUGUUCAUGUGCGUGGUGUCGAUGUGGAAACGGACUCAGUUUUGCGUGGUAGUUUACAUUUAGUUGAUCUCGCGGGAAGUGAAAGAGUUGAUCGCUCUGAGGCUACCGGAGAUAGGCUCAAGGAAGCUCAACAUAUCAACAAAUCGCUCUCAGCCCUUGGAGACGUCAUCUUUGCUUUAGCACACAAGAACCCUCAUGUUCCCUACAGAAACAGCAAAUUGACUCAAGUCCUUCAAAGUUCCUUGGGAGGACAAGCCAAAACUCUUAUGUUUGUCCAAGUCAAUCCUGAUGGAGACUCAUAUGCUGAGACCGUAAGCACAUUGAAAUUCGCGGAAAGGGUUUCUGGUGUGGAGUUAGGUGCUGCAAAAAGUAAUAAAGAGGGUAGAGAUGUAAGACAACUCAUGGAACAGGUAUCGAAUUUGAAGGAUGUAAUUGCUAAAAAAGAUGAAGAGCUUCAGAAUUUUCAGAAGCUAAAAGGUAAUAAUGCAACAGUCCUGAAACGUGGUUUAAGCAAUUUAAGGUUGGUGGGACCUUCAUCACCUAGACGACAUUCUAUUGGAGCUUCACCAAAUGCUCGUCGAGGAAAGGCCUCUGNAGCCUCUGGUUUACUUGGAAGAGGAAACUCAGAUGUUGACAACUGCUCCGAAUAUAGUAGCAAGCAUUCUGAUUCUGGUUCACAACAUUCAUCAGAUGAACGUAAACAUCGAAAGGAUUUUCACGAACCAUCUAAAUUUGCUGGCGGGGCAAAAGGACUUGAUUUUGAUGAUGAAGAUGUUGAACUCGUAGGCCUUGCAGAUGCAGAUUCUGAGGACAGAUUGAGUGAUAUCUCUGAUAGUUGUCUUUCAAUGGGAACAGAAACUGAUGGAUCCAUAUCCAGUGCGGUGGAGUUGACUCUUUUCCCUGAAACUGCUAAGCCUCUUGAAAUAACCGAACAACCUGAAGCACACAUGACCACUGAGAAACCUGAGAAAUCAGUGAAAAUGGGGAAAACCGACCCAAAAGACAGAAGUACUCUUCCAUCAAAAAUUCCGAAGCAGACCUUGAAACCACCAGGCCAAACCAGACCUUCUCGUCUGUCAAUUGCCACUAGCUCCUCAUCAAAGGUUUUAACAGGUGCUAAAAGACCAACAAUUAGCACUUCAUCUUCAGCAAAACCACUCAACAGAAGGCGGUGAAGACACAAGACUUAUCCGGAGGGCUUGGAAGAAGAAGAAGAUUUGUUAUGGAUUUGAUCUGAUGGUGUGUGGUAACUGGUAACUAAUUGUGUAACCAAAGCAUAUGAUGGAUGUCCUUUUGUUCUACUUUGUGAACCUAAUUCAACAAACACGUUUAACUAAGUUUUCUUCAUUUGUCUUAAUGUUAACUUAAUCCUGUCCACGUAACAUA